GCGCUAACCAGGCUUGCCACUGCUUAGCUUAUGAGAUAUCUCGCCCGAUAAAAUGUGUUUUUUUAUAUACAGUACAUAUUUAUUCUUACACUUGUUUGCCCAGAAAAAAUAGCCUCACCUGAUCGUCAUGGCUCAUUUUCAGGAGGGUCCUGCCACGUUUCCGCCAUAGGGUGGGAUGAUUGCGAUGCAUAAUGCUGAUUCGGGUGAUAUUUUUCUUUUACAUUUGGCAAAUGUUGGAGAAAAGUGUGGCGAGUGGGCGGGGGCCAUGAGGGGCGGGGCCAUUGUGAAGCCACACCCCCUAACACUCCUCACCCCCUCCCCUGUGGCUCGGGUCGGGGGGUCCGAGUGUGUUCAGUGCUGAGACUCAUUCCACGCAGUUCACCACCCACCACCACCGCCAACACCACUGUCACCGGUGACUCCAAGCCCGCUACGCACCUGGCGCUUUGCAUCGAGGGAACACGGGAUUCACUGGAGCAACCUCAUCGCAGGCAACAUCAACACCAUCAUCAACAACAUCACCACCAACAUCAACAACAUCACCAACAAACAGCAGCAGCAACAACAUCCAAAAAACAAGCAACCAGGAAGGCUCGCGCACCUGCUCGCUUCCUCGCCCCUCCCCCCUCUCACCUUAACCCACCACCACCCUCCACCACCCACCACCACCACCUUCUUCCUCGCCCGAGAAGACUGGGGGGGAGCAGGCGUUGUUGCGAAGAGCUCCUCGCGAAGACGAACGCACCGGGUUGGAUUCCUCUACCCGGUGGGUCCAGCGCGUCUGGAUAAGCAGUGCCAGGUCGGCUCGCUCGUGCCACCCCAUCGGUCCCAGGCAUGCUCGAGCGAGGCUGAGCGUCGAGCGGUGGACGUGGUCGACUCAAAGCGACUCUGGGAGACAUGGGGGGCCAGGCUGCAGGAGCGAGGAUGAUGGGGCCGGGAGAGACUCGGAUGUGGUGGCUGCUGCUGGCGGUGCUGAGUCAGGUCGCGCGAAUCGCGGGCGCAGAGAGAUUCGUGAUCUACUGGAACGCGAGCAACUACAGGCUGCAGAAGGACGACUUCUCGCUCAAGGUCAACAUCAAUGACUACCUGGACGUCUACUGCCCGUACUACGGUGCGGCGGCGGUGGCGGCGGCGGCGCUGGCCGGAGCGCCGCCGCAGGAGCGAUACGAGCUGUACAUGGUGGACGCGGAGGGGUACGCGCGGUGCGACGCGUCGAGCGGGUUCGUGCGCUGGCGCUGCGACAAUCCCACAGCGCCGGCCACGGCGCUGCGCUUCUCCGAGAAGUUCCAGCUCUUCACGCCCUUCUCCGCCGGAUUCGAGUUCCGCUCCGGCCGGGACUACUUUUACAUCUCCGCACCUGCAGAUUCCAAAGACAAAAGCAACAGCAACCACAACAGCAGCAACAACCACAAGUGCCUGCGUCUCAAAGUGUCCGUCUGCUGUGCCCCAACAACCCGAACCACCACCCCCACCCCCAGCAGCCCCCCGCAGAGGAAGCAACGGCCACGCAAUCAUCAGGACGGCGUGGCCGAGGGAGCGUCUCCGGCGCACCAGACGGGGCCCGCGCGGCGUGGGCACGCCCCGCGGGCCCCCCACCGCGGGGGGCUCCUCACCGUCAUGGCCUCCCUGGCCGUGCCGCCGCUGCUGCUGCUGCUGUUGCUCGGGUCGUAGCGACCGCCGCCCCUGGCAGCGGCGGAGCGCGGCGGAGCGAAAAACACAACCCCAAGACGGGAAAACAAUCCGAACUCGGUGGCGCGACCGCGCGCGCCGUGGACCCGCGUGGGUGGGAUUGGCUCGACCGUGAGGAUUUGGCGAACGACGGCGGGGAGACCCUGGCUGGAAGGGGACGAAGCGCGCCCGGCACGCUCGUGGGGCCGGAGAACGCUCUCGCCCGACGCUGGCACCCGACGCGAGAGACGCGUCCGGCGGCCCGGAGCAGCGACGACGCCGGGCGGGCGGCCCAACGCCCCCCCGCGCACGUGCGUGGCGGUGGAGGGGCGGCGGGGGCGGGCGGCGGGAACUCUACGGGAGCAGAGCCAGAGCGAGGGGGCGGGGCCCCUGCUGUUGGGGUUCCUGACGAAGCCCUCGCGAGCGUCGUGGAGUGACGGGCGGCCGGAGGGGCCGGGACGCCGCGUGAAGCGAGCGCGCGUCUGUGCGUGCGUACGCUUGGUCCGAGCGCCGUGGUUUAUUCGGUUUUUUUUUAUCGCCGCCUUCCACCGAAACAAAAUGCCCUUCGCGGUGAAAGCCGCCGUCGCCGUGGAGACCCGUGGAGAGCGGCGGGGGUCGCGGGG